AUGUCAGUCACAGCCCAAGAACUGGAGACCCUCUCCAUAAAAGCGAUCGACGCCAAAGCAACUGCCUACUGUCCAUACUCUAAAUUCCGGGUCGGGGCAUGCAUUCUCACCAAAUCUGGCGAGUUCAUCACUGGCGCUAACGUCGAAAACGCCUCUUAUCCCGUUGGUACUUGUGCUGAGCGCGUUGCCUUCGGCACAGCUGUUGUCGCUGGUCAUAAAGAAUUCAAGGCUCUUGCCGUCGCGACAGAUAUCAGUCCCCCUGCUUCACCUUGUGGAAUGUGCAGACAGUUUAUUCGAGAGUUUACCUCGUUGGACUUCCCGGUUUAUAUGUAUGAUGGUGAGGGAAAACAUAAGGUUAUGACUAUGAAUGAGUUGCUUCCGGAAUCUUUUGGUCCUGGUCAGCUUAAAUAG